AGAUAAGAGCCGCUGUCAGUGAGAUCGACUCAGCAGAUGACUGGACGGACACGCUGACAGAAGAGCAUCAUCACUUGUACCCGAGGACACCAUGAGGACUCUGAGCUGCACCGUGGGACUCCUGCUGUCCGUCUCCAUCUACUGCUGCAUCGCCAUGCCCCAGGGAGUAAAACAAAUGUCACCUGUGUCGUGCUGCUUUGAAUUCUUUACAGGAAGGGUGCCGUCCAAACAAAUUGUGUCCGUCAUGGAGACCCACAGCAGCUGUGGUGCAAAGGCAUUUGUGGUCACAACUGCCAAAAGGAGGAAGAUCUGCGUGGGCCACUAUGUGAACUGGGCUCAGGAAGCCUUCAAGAAGCAAAAUGUCAUAGAGGGCUAGUGCUCGUCCUCCUGACGCUCGUCCUCCUGAUGUUCGUCCUCGUCCAAUCGCUCUGCAGCUUACUUUCAAACACCCGUUAACCAUUUGACCCAUUAACCCUUGUUUUGCGUUAUUCUUCAUAUUAACAUUUUGUAAAAUGUAUCGAUGCAUGCAUUCAUGAAACAAACAAAUAAAUACAUAUUUGCUCUUUU